AAUUUGAAGGUCCGAUUAAUGCUCGCAAAACGAUUACCGACCUGUCAUUUUUACCACCAGCAACCGAUUCUCUAACUUCCAGAGAACUUCCUUAUACGACGCAACGGUUGGGGAACUGAGUGUGUGGGGGGUUGGGGGGCUGCAGAUGGUUUCCUUGUUUGCUGGGAAGAUCCGUGGUUCGAUCAUCAGAAUAAAGACAACGUCCUCAGUGGUUGUAUCAGGAAGAACAUCAGCCAUUAAGAUCUAACAAAUCACAGCGGAGUUAUAUGUAAAUGCUGUAAUCACUACUACACAACUUCAAUAACACGUUUAUUUGAGGGCGCACAUUUGUCACACCCAAGCACUCUUGUCACUUCCGGUAUAACACUGCUCGUUCCGACUGAAAGGAGUGGGAGCGGCCCUCAUGUCACGUUGUGGUUGUAGCAAGAUUCCAGAACAAGGCUAAAACGAUGCAGGAACUUAGACUACUGUACCUCUAAAAUAAAAGCACAGACUUUACGCUAUGAGUUGCGUUUGUGUGACGCAAAAAAGACAAGAUGAAUGUAGCCAGCAACAGACACAAAAAGACAAUUUAAAAAAUAAAGGCAAAAGUUAAACAAAACACAUUUGUGCUGGGAAAUUUACAUAUCUUGUGUUGAAUGUAAGAUAUGUCAAAUUCAAUUUUGCAAUAUUUAUAAAGGAAUAGAGUCUUCAUAGCUCUGAGAUGGGCCUGGGAGGUCGAGUGCUAUGCUAUGCACUACUUUAGUUUUUCAUAAGACUACAUCCUGAUUAACCAUUGCCACUUGAAACGAUAAUCAUAAAUUAAUCAAGAGAUAUAGUUCUGUGAUCUAUUAUUUUGAGUGUUAAUAAUAUGGGCUACAGUGUCUAAUUCUUAUAUUGACCAAAAUAAAAGGAAAGAAGUCGACAAAAUUAUUUUUACAUAAUCUCUAACAGUCCUAUCUUUGAUUACAACAGACAGUGAUGACAUAAUCACCUUAAAUUCAUCUUGUUGUUGGCCGUCAUUUUUGUCCAACUGGUCUAUUAAAAGAGCAUGAUUGUUGGGUGUUGAUUUUAAUUUAAAAGAAAAUCGAAUACAAGCUGACCACGGAGCUGAAAAUCUAGAUGUAAAUGAUUUCAUCAAUCGUCACUUUAUUUUGAAAUGUUCCACUGGAAGUAUAAUGUUUAGAGCAUUUAACUUCACACCUAUUUUGUUGUACAAAACGUAUUGUGCCUCGGGUUUAUACAGCUCCUCCGGCUACUCCUAGGGAGUUGCUCUUAUUUGACAAUUAUAAAUUUUGAGGAUUUAUAGUGAAAUAACAGAACUAUAUAGGCUGGAUACUUUUCAUGCCCAUUUUUUUCAGCUUUGGACUCUGGGAUAGUUCUUGUUUUUGUGUUGGAUGUGGACCGAAUUCAGUAGGGAUCCCAGCAGACAUUCCCCUGUGAUUUGGAAAUGGCAACUGCUCUCAGUAGUCGAUAUCCUGGUGGACGUGGACCAAAUAGAAGUAAGGGGCGAAUUUUAGGCAUCAUUGAUGCCAUCCAGGAUGCAGUGGGGCCACCCAAACAAGCAGUUGCUGACCGGAGGACUGUAGAAAAAACUUGGAAACUCAUGGAUAAAGUUGUGCGGCUCUGCCAAAAUCCCAGACUCCAACUGAAAAACAGUCCACCAUACAUCCUGGAUAUUUUACCUGAUGCCUACCAACACCUGCGGGUCAUACUAGGCAAAUAUGAAGAGAACCAGAUGAUCAUACAGCUUAGUGAGAAUGAUUACUUUAAAAUCUACAUUGAUAGCCUUAUGAAGAAAUCCAAACGAGCUAUCCGGCUCUUCAAAGAGGGAAGAGAGAGGAUGUACGAGGAGCAGUCACAGGACAGGAGGAACCUGACCAAGCUGUCUCUGAUCUUCAGUCAUAUGCUGGCAGAAAUCAAGGCAAUCUUCCCUGGAGGACAAUUCCAAGGAGACACGUUCAGGAUUACCAAAGCUGAUGCUGCUGACUUCUGGAGGAGAUUUUUUGGUGAAAAGUAAGUGUCACCUCAGUAUUAUUUUUGUUGUUGUUUGUUUGUUUUUUGAUAGAUGUGUAUGUUAUUCACUUGUCCAAAUUGGACAUGCACACAAAUAGUUGGGAAUGACAUAUUCCAUUAAAUAAUCAACACCAUCACUUUUAACGUGUAAUGGUAAAUAGUAGUAAAACACCACUACAAAUGUACCAAGCCUAUUCUAGAGCUGGCUAGCUAAAAGUUUGUCAAAUUCCACACUGGUGCUAAAUUUCAAGUUCAAGUUCAAGUUCAAAUUUUAUUUGCCACAUGCAGUGGCAUGUUGCCCUGCAGUGAAAUGAACCCUCCCCCCGACCUUACACACACAACACAGA